AUGGCCAUUCAAAAGAAAUGCCUGAUUCUGGGAUUUCUUGCACUUUUAUUGACUAAAUUGGGCACUGAAGCCAAUGAAGAGAAAAAGAACACCUGCCGGUUGCUGGGCAAGUUUGAUUUUAAUGGGUAUGUAGAUGCCAAAAACCACUCACUUGUUAUUGGAGGACUGUUUCCUAUUCACUCCAGGACCAUCCCAGCAAACGAGUCUAUUUUGGAGCCAGUGUCAGCAAAAUGUGAAGGGUUUAACUUUCGGGGAUUCUGCUGGAUGAAAACCAUGAUUCACACAAUCAAGGAGAUUAACGAGAGGGCGGAUAUUUUGCCCAACAUCGCAUUGGGCUAUCAGAUCUUUGAUACCUGUUUCACCAUCUCCAAAUCGGUGGAAGCGGCUUUGGUUUUCCUUACAGGGCAGGAAGAAAACAAGUCCAAUUUUAGAAACAGCACUGGAGCCCUUCUGGCAGGGAUUGUUGGAGCAGGUGGUUCAUCAUUAUCAGUUGCUGCUUCAAGAAUUCUAGGGUUGUAUUAUUUACCUCAGGUGGGCUAUGCCUCUACCUGCUCAAUUCUUAGUGACAAAUACCAGUUUCCAUCUUAUCUUCGUACAAUAACCAGUGAUAGGAUCCAGUCAAAGGCCAUGGUAGACCUCAUCCAACACUUUGGUUGGGUUUGGGUAGGCACCAUAGCAGCUGAUGAUGACCAUGGAAAAUAUGGAGUAAAAAUUUUUAAAGAAAACACAGAGUAUACCAACCUCUGUAUUGCAUUCUCCGAAAUCAUUCCCAAAGUCUAUUCCAAUGAGAAAAUGCAGAGUGUUGAUGUCGUAAAGACCUCCACUGCCAGGGUCAUUGUUGUUUAUGCAUCUGACAUUGACCUCAGUCCUUUUGUACUGGAGAUGGUUUGCCAUAACAUAACAGACAGAACAUGGAUAGCGAGCAAAGCGUGGAUUACGUCAACUCUCAUUGCAAAGCCUGAAUAUUUUCCAUAUUUUGGUGGAAGUAUUGGAUUUGCAAUACCAAGAGCUGAUAUACCAGGAUUAAAAGAGUUUCUUUAUGACACACAUCCCAGCAAAGAUCCAAAUGAUGUACUGACCAUCGAAUUCUGGCAAACCGCAUUUAACUGUACUUGGCCCUAUAGUAGUGUUCCAUACAACAUUGACCAUAGAGUGAACAUGACUGGUCAAGAAGACAGAUUACAUGCCAUGUCUGAUAAAUUCUGCACUGGAGAGGAGAAUUUGGAAGACCUUAAAAAUACCUACCUGGAUGUGUCUCAGCUAAGAAAUACAAACAAUGUCAAACAAGCUGUGUAUUCAAUGGCAUAUGCUCUGGAUCAUCUAAGUAGAUGUAAAGAAGGUCAUGGGCCAUAUAUUCCAGGAAACACCUGUGCAUAUAUACCUGACUUUGAGCCUUGGCAGCUAAUGUACUAUUUGAAGACACUUACAUUUACAACCCAUGAUGGAAGGAGAGUGGAGAUUGAUGAAAAUGGAGAUGUGACUGGACACUAUGAUAUUCUAAAUUGGCAAUUAGAUGAUAAUGGAAAUAUUGCCUUUGUGAAGGUUGGAGAGUAUACAUUCACAAAUUCUAAGCAUGAACUUGUGAUUCCAAGAAAUGCGACAAUAUUUUGGAACACUGAAUCAUCAGAGCUUCCCCAUUCAGUGUGUACUGAUGUGUGUCCUCCCGGGACCCGAAAGGGAAUUCGUCAUGGGGAACCAAUGUGUUGCUUUAACUGCAUCCCAUGUGCUGAUGGACAUGUGUCAUGGGAACCAGGUCAAAGGAAGUGUGAAUGAUGUGGUGAAGACUACUGGUCGAACACACAAAAGAGCAAGUGUGUGCUUAAGGAAGUGGAAUUCCUUGCCUACGAUGAGGCCUUAGGAAUCACGCUCAUUAUUCUCUCCAUCUCUGGGGCCCUUGGGGUCUUGGCAGUCACAACUGUGUAUGCGAUGUACAGGCACACUCCCCUGGUGAACGCCAAUGACCGGGACCUGAGCUUUCUUAUUCUGAUUUCUCUUACCAUCACGCUGCUGUCAUCCAUGCUUUUCAUUGGCAAGCCAUAUGGCUGGUCCUGCAUGGCCCGCCAGGUCACCCUGGCCCUGGGCUUUUCUCUUUGCCUAUCUUGCAUCCUCGGAAAGGCUAUUUCACUGUUUUUAGCCUACAGAAUUUCCAAAUCCAAAACCCGACUUACAUCCAUGCGCCCCCUUUACCGGAAAAUCAUUGUACUGAUUUCUGUUCUAGUUGAGAGUGGCAUAUGCACAGUCUACCUGGUAUUAGAACCUCCAAAAGUAUACAAGAACAUGGAAUCUCAAAAUAUAAAGAUCAUUCUGGAAUGCAGUGAAGGUUCCAUAGAGUGUUUGUGCUUGAUGUUUGGGAUUGAUGCCUUCUUGGCCUUGCUGUGCUUUCUUACGACCUUUGUGGCACGCCAGUUGCCGGAUAAUUACUAUGAGGGAAAAUGCAUCACCUUUGGGAUGCUGGUCUUUUUCAUUGUCUGGAUUUCUUUUGUUCCUGCUUAUUUAAGCACCAAAGGCAAAUUCAAAGUGGCUGUGGAGAUUUUUGCAAUCUUGUCAUCCAGCUAUGGUUUGUUAGGUUGUAUUUUUGUUACUAAGUGCUUCAUUAUUUUGCUGAGGCCACAGAGGAACACCAACAAAACUGUUGGUGGAAGAGUCUCCACCACAGACAAGAGUAUCCAACUGACUUCAGCUUCCGGGUGCAGUGAGCUUCCCAAAAACACGGCAUCAACUAUUCUGGAUGACUAG